CGGCCGGCAGGUGGGCGCGCGCCGCCUAACGACCUUCUGCGCCGACGGUCGGCUAGGCGGCGGCGGCGAGUGGAUGGAGGCCUCGGCCCUCGGCCGGCGGAGGCGGCGGGGCUGGCGGCGGGCCCCGGCCGCGGGCUCCCCGCUCACCCGGGCCGCGGUCGUCCUCCUGCUUUCCGCCUUCGUGGCGCGGGCGACCCCGUCAGUUGGAUAUUUGAUUCGAUUACCAAGAAGUUUUCACUUGACCCAAGAUACGGUGAAAAUAGUGGGAUCAUCAAAUUUUCCAGUGAAAGUAUAUGUUAUGCUGCAUCAAAAGAGUCCACAUGUGUUAUGUGUAACGCCACGACUGCGAAAUUUGGAAAUGAUAGAUCCAUCAUUCCAAUGGCAUGGGCCAAGAGGAAAAAUUAUUUCAGAGAACAGCACUGCACAAGUAACAUCUACAGGAAGUCUUAUAUUCCAGAACUUUGAGGAGGGCAUGAGUGGAGUGUACACAUGUUUCCUGGAGUAUAAACCGACUGUGGAAGAAAUUGUUAAAAAUCUUCAACUAAAAUAUGUUAUAUAUGCUUAUCGUGAGCCUCAUUAUUAUUACCAGUUCACAGCUCGAUAUCAUGCAGCUCCCUGCAAUAGCAUCUAUAAUAUUUCUUUUGAGAAGAAACUUCUUCAGAUUUUAAGCAAAUUGGUUCUUGACCUUUCAUGUGAAGUUUCUUUACUGAAGUCGGAAUGCCAUCGUGUUAAGAUGCAAAGAGCUGGUUUGCAAAAUGAAUUGUUCUUUACAUUUUCAGUUUCAUCUCUAGACACUGAAAAAGGACCUAAGCCAUGUACGGACCAUAGUUGUGAAUCUUCCAAAAGACUGUCUAAGGCUAAAAAUCUUAUAGAGAGAUUUUUUAAUCAACAAAUAGAAGUUCUAGGCAGACGUGCAGAGCCAUUGCCUGAAAUAUACUAUAUUGAAGGUACUCUUCAAAUGGUUUGGAUUAAUCGCUGCUUUCCAGGGUAUGGAAUGAAUACCCUGAAACAUCCAAAAUGUCCUGAAUGCUGUGUGAUCUGCAGCCCUGGGUCUUAUAACCCCCGUGAUGGAACCCAUUGCCUUCAAUGCAAUAGCAGCCUGGCGUUUGGAGCAAAAGCAUGCGUAUAGGCCAUGAGUUUGAGAUCUCUAGUGGUUUGUUAAACACAAAAGUAUAUUUUUGAAAUAUUAAUACAUAAUAAAUCACUAUUAUGCCAAAAUUAAAUAUAUUAGAUUUUACAAAAUACGGUGUCAUCAUUUUAAUUGAAACAUUACAUGUCCAAAUGCUUUACGAAUGGACCAUCCACUGAUCUUUAUACAUUAAUGCCAGAACUACAUAUGACUUCAGAAUAUUUCUUGGAUCGCUGUUUUUUAAAAAGGGUUUUAAAUAUACUCUAUUGGUGUUAGCCCAAAGGAUUUUUCAGGAUUAUAUUAAAACAGCCCAUUCUCUUUACAGUAGGUUGACUAGUCUCAGGCCACCAUAUUCUUCCAUAGUCAUUUUAAUUCCAGCUUGUUUCCUUCCUUUAAUUUUAUGAGAUUUUAUUUCUUCUGGUGUGACCUUUCAUAGCUGAAGGUCACUUUUUAAAAAGCCUUUGCAUCUUCUGGUUGCAACUUUUAGCCACUUCAGUGUAAGGCCAGGUCCCAACAACUCGAUGGGUUUUUAAUGUAGUUCAGGGUGGCAGUCUUCACCUUUUUGGUUUAGAGGCCUUUAAAUUACCUUUCUGACAUUUUAGAAUAGAAUAACCAUUGUAUGUGCCUAAAUUAACCUUUGAACUUUCACAGUGUGGAGAGAGAGAAAUUAGGCAAUUUCUUGCCCCGAAGACACCUCUAGGGAAAUGUAUCAAACGAUCAUCAUAUCUUUUAUUGCAUUUCCUUUAUCAUUAAAGUGUUACAUCACGGAUACUUCUGCCACCACCACCAUACCCUCUCUCAUAGUGGGGUGCUGUAUUUGAAUAUGAAAAAUUACCGAUAAUGUAAGGGUUUAAAUACCAGAAAAAUACAUGAGCCACUUACAGAAGAGUAGUUUCUCAAUUUUUUUAUUGUUUCAUUUGUACUGGUAACACUUUAUCUGAUCUUGGACAUUCCCUGUUUUUUUCCCUUCAUAUUUCCUUUCUUAAGACAUAAACAUUUUAAAUGGCAAAUAUACACAGGUGGUAUCUAGGCACAACUGUGCAUUGACAGGGAAAAAGUUUACUUGUAUCUAGGAUCUAUUUGACUUUUUAAAAUUGACCAGUUAAUAAGUUAAUCUCCCGUUUGGUCAUGCUGUGGACAAACAUUACCCUGUACAAAGGGAAGUGAAAUGACAUUUCUUUGUUAGCCUUGGUGAUCUUUUUAAAAACAUUCCUUGUAACUCAUAAUCAUGAUGUAAUUGUUUUCAUAUGGUUUUUAGAGGUUUUUUCCUUUAAAAAUCUUUCUUUGCUGGAGUGGAGUAAGUCACAUAUUUGCCAUUAUACUGUUUGGGGGGGCUAUGGUUCUUACAGUACAUGUCUUUUGUAACUAGUAAAAGACCUCCUAAGUCUCCAUCUCUAAAAGCAGUGCAGCCUCUGAAGCUUUCCAGAUUUCUUAAUUGUGUAAUAAGAUGAACUGAAAUACAUUUUCUUUAGUACUGCCUGAGUUUGGAUUAACUUUUUUCCUGGU